ACUAUAUCAAAUAAAAAUAUAUUGUUUGUAAAAAUUAUUGUAAAAAACUACCUUGAUUAUUUAUUUCCCACGGUUUGCUGCCUCAGAAAAAAAACCCUAUAAAGUGUGAUAGGGCUUUCUUCUACAUUCAUAUUUCUCUUCCAUUUUGUUAUAUAGCCUUAAGACCCUCGAGUCAAAUUUCAUUUUUUUCUCAAUCCCUCUUUUUGGUACUUUUGUUUCUUUCUCUCUUUAUAAUUUGAAUUCCAAAGUGGAUUUUUUUUAGUAAUUUGAGAAAUUUGUGUAAUUGUAAGUGUUUUGUUUAGUUCAUGUAUGUGUUUUCUUUUGGUGUAAUUCUUCAUUUGUAAAGUAGAGAAAAAAUCUUUGAUUGUAUCUUUCAAAAAUGGAAAACUCGAGAAACUGGCAUAACGAGAAUAUGGGUGUAAACAAAACAGGGAAGACAAUUAAGAAGAAUUCAUCGCAACAAACAAUUGAUUUCAAAAAUAAUGUUAUAACUAGCAGUAGACAUCACUACCUUCAGCCGAAAAUUCAUCACAUUCACAAAGAUGAUUUCAAGAGUUUUGUUAUGCAGACUACUGGAAGAGAAUCAAUUGGGCCUACUAGAACUCAAUAUGAGUCUACUAGGUUGCAGCAAAAUAGGCCUCCUCCUUUGGCCAGUGUGAGGCCGCUUGUUCGGUUUCCGAUGCAACCACCGCCUCCGCGGGUGCCUUACAUUAACGAAUUGGUUGUCCCUUCUUUGCAGUCGAUAAGUGGUCCUCCGAUUUUUGAUAAUUCAUGGAACAAUUCUGUCGAGUCUCCGAACUCAGCUUUCAUGAGAAAGUUUAAAGAUUCAGAGAACUACUACGGUGGUGGCGACAAUGUUUCAAGAGGUAAUCAAUUCCACCCAUACCAUCCUCCUCCGCAACAACAAAUGAUCAAUAAUGUUAAUGUUAAUGUUAAAUUUCAACCACAAUCUUUCCCAAUCCAAACUCAAAUGGUUAACAAUCUUGAGCAUUAUAACCUAUCAUCUUCUAGCAACCAAACUUUUCUGAAUCCUAAUCCUUCUGUGUCUAUGAAUGUUGCUAGCAACCAAACUUUUCGUAUGAACACUGACAAUCAAUUUCUGAAUAAUUUUCCUCUGUCACAAGCAAAUUACUCUACAUCACUAACUUCUGAAUACUUGUUGGCUUCACCAACCCAAAAAGUGAAUGUCAUAUCCCCUCAGUCACCUUAUAGGCCACUCCUGUCACCAAGCUUUUUCUCUUCACCUUCGUCGUUGGAUUACCCUUCCCAACCAUAUCUUAAUAAUGAAUAGAAUUCUCAUAUUUCAUUCAAGGUGUUGCUACUGUCAAAGAUCUUAAUUCACAAUCUCAUUUUGUCUUUAUUUCUUUUACUUGUUUUGUUGUGUAAUGUGGCUCCUUUUUCAUAUAAGUAUCGUAAUGGGUUAUUGUAAAAAUACCUCAAAUUCUUGCUAUUUUUCUUU